AUGGAUGUCCCUACCGAAAGGCCCAAUGGCCACGAUUCGAUCGAAUCACAAUACCACAGACGCGAAGACAGGAAGCCAGAUCACAAUUACCUUAGAGACCAGGUCAUUUGCCUGGCCCCUAUAAAACAGGAAAGCAAACAAGCCAGUUGCUCCCGAUAGCGCGGAGGAAGAUUUGAUGCGUUUCAGGAAACUGCUUACCUCUUCCUCAUGACCAAGAUCAUCUGGCGGUACAGAUCGCUUUCAAAUUUUCCGAUGUUUGGAAGAGAAAUUCGUUUUUGA